AAUAUGGAUUCUGAUUAAAACGACCACAUUUAAUAAAUGUGAAACAUACUACGGAAAACAACAGUAGAAGGAACAUCUAAUCUAGUGAACAAGAACUUCAUAGCUCUUGUAUAGUCUGGAGUAAUUAAAGUCAAUCAAGCCUAUGGAAUUAUAGUCAAGUCAAAGCUAAAGUUGACUGAGGAAGAGUCAAAUCAACACAGUAAAGGAUAAUGUUUGUGGGACGGCGAAGAUUUGCUGAUAUCAUCAUACUGGUAUGCUGCACGAUAUUAUCCUAUUUCCUUAUAAGGGCAAUAAUCGACCAUGUGAAACAUGUGACACAUGAGAAAAACUUGAAAGGGAAUAUGCAACAAUGGAAAUUACGACACCCAAAAAUUGUAACCGAAUCUAAAGACAUUCAGUAUAUCGACGAAAAUGGGCCAGAUUCCUUUAUAUACAAAGCUAAACCUAAACAUGAUAUACAAAACAAACAUGGUCACCAUGAGGAUGAUGACGAUGAUGAAGAAGCGGAUGAUUUGGAAUUGGAACAAAGAAUUCGAGAAAGAAAAAGAAAACAAGCUUUAAAAAUGGACCAAAGAGGGAGAAAAAGAAAUGCUCUUGAAAUAAACCAAAGACUGAAAAUUAGAAAUAAACCCAGAAGCUAAAAUGUAUUUUUGUGGUUAAAUAAAAAUGAAUUGAAAAAUCAAUUUACACACUGCACAAGUCUCA